CCCCUUCCCCAUCGCUGCCCAGGGGUUCGUCAUAUAUAUAAGAGAGAAGAGGGAACUCUCCAACUACUGAGAGAUCCUUCUGCCAUACUCGAGCUGCCAUACUCGUCUACAAACAACAUGAGAGCGACACUUGUAGUGGUGGCCCUGUGCCUGAUGCUAGGAGUGGCCAUGGCCCUGCCCGCCCCUGUGGCCCUCCCUGACCCUGUGGCCCUGCCCGCCCCUGUGGCGCUCCCUGACGCACUUGCUGACCCUCACCAUCACCAUCGUGGAUUUUUCGGUGGCUACGGAGGUUAUGGUGGCUAUGGUGGCUUCGGCGGCUUCGGCGGUCUCGGCGGCUUUGGUGGUUUUGGCGGCUAUCCAGGCUACUACUGGUAGUCUGGCACAGGUGUGCGUACCGUCCAGUGAGUCAACUGGACAUGAAAACUGUGUUAUAACCUCUGGUCGCCGACCAAUGAGUAUUUGUGUUGCGUCUGCUCACCAACUUGUGGUUACGAGCUGAAUUCAUAGCUCCUGACCCUACCUUUUAAAUACUAUAAACCGGCUUACUCAGUCCCGAUUUCCAAGGGCUCAGCCAUACCUACUCGUGAAACUGCGCAUAUUUCCUUCCACCUCAUCAUUAUGUUGUUUCUACUUCCCUGAGUCUCGAAAAUCACUUGUGGCUUAUCCACAGAUUAAUCUGCAGUCUCCCAUGUCUACCGUUCCCCAUAUAUUACGCAGUUUGUUCCUGUAUUUUACUAUUUAGUUUCAUGAGUAUUUUGUAAUACAGGAUCAUGUCUCCUCCUCGCCUCUAGUUAAAAAGGUCAAUUUCUUAAGAUUCUUAUCUGAAAAACCUAUAUUUGAGGUCACAGUGGUGGCCAAUGCUAACCUCCCUAUGGUGUACAGAAAUAUACCUAGGUGGAUCAAUCUUAUUAGAGCCGGCUGGCCCAGUGGUUAACACACUGGCCUGUGAGCUUCAGGACUCACUCGCCAUGGGUUCAAACCCCCACCCGUUCCUUGAUGUGUUUGCAAUUAUGUUAUUGCGAUUUCGUGAGUCAUUCUCCUCCUUGUUCACGCCUCAUCAGUGUGGAAAAAAAAUGCUUAUUACUAUGACCAUAAUUUUUAAAGGGGUGGACCGGUAAGCCAGAGGAAGGCCUCGGUCAGAUGACCAAAAGCUUCAACAGUGGGUCAUCAUCUAAGACCCGCGUCAGGAAACACUUGUCCUGGUUCCUGACGAACCUUACCUAACCUAACCUCAGUGUGACACCACCGUGUACACUCUUAGACUUAUCUCAUUACUUCGUAUUUACCAAGAUUAAACACUAACAGCCACUUUCGUGUCUACUUGUGUAUGUACGUAUAUGCUAAAUAAAAAAAAUCUUUAAA